CAUGCUCCUCUGCGCUCUUCUUGACCAAAACACAGACAGCUCAGUCAUUUUCUGCGGUGGAGGCUAUUUAACUGAAGCAGCCGUGGAUAACAGUCAGCAUUUCAUCGUCUAAGGCUCAGAAACCAUCAACGAAUGCACAGCGAAGGUUUCCUGGCUGAUGUGAAGUGACUCCCAUUAAGAAGACAUUAUGUUUGUCCUACAUAAAGAUCACUGAAUGGCUCUGUGGUUAUAACGCCAAACUACUUGCAACCCUCCGACUCUUGUGGGAUUAUAAACACUGGAAAAAUUUCAGCUGCGUGAUUUGGUAUACCUUCACGGCUAUACUCUGAUAAAUUUUGAAAUUUUAAAGCUUGAGCCCACAGAUUCAUGGCGAUUAACACCGAUGUUGAGGACUGGGCUGGUGUUGGCAGUAAUGACUCUGGUGAGAGAGCAUGGCUCCUGCAGAGUCCCAGUGUGGAUUCUGUCCAGCAUCUUGAUACGAACCAGAGGAGCGGUGGUGUGUCGUGUAUAGGAGCUGUUUUUAUUGUUGUCAAUGCAGCACUGGGAGCAGGUCUACUUAAUUUCCCAGCAGCCUUCAAUAUGGCUGGAGGAGUAACAGCAGGAGUGAUGCUUCAAAUGUUCAUGCUGAUCUUCAUUAUCAGUGGUUUGGUGACCCUCGGCUACUGCUCCCAGGUCAGUAAUGAAAGCACCUACCAGGAGGUUGUUCGUGCCACAUGUGGGAAAGUCACUGGAGUUUUAUGUGAAGUAGCCAUUGCGAUCUAUACCUUUGGCACCUGCAUUGCUUUCUUUAUUGUCAUUGGAGAUCAGCUGGAUUGCUUGGUUGCAGCUGUGGCUCAUAAAGCGGAUAGUACUGUCAGUGAGUACUGGUACACUGACCGCAAGUUUACCAUCGUUGUUACUGCAGUUCUGGUUAUUCUCCCUCUGUCCAUCCCCAAAGAGAUCGGCUUUCAGAAAUAUGCCAGUGCCCUGAGUGUCAUGGGGACCUGGUACGUUACCAUAGUGGUCAUCAUAAAGUACAUCUGGCCUGAUAAAGAAGUCAUGCCAGGUUUUAUAUCUCCAAGUUCUGCUUCCUGGACUGCAGUGUUCAAUGCCAUGCCCACCAUAUGCUUUGGUUUUCAGUGUCAUGUCAGCUGUGUGCCGGUCUUCAACAGCAUGAGCAGGAAAGGGAUCAAACCCUGGGGAGUUGUUGUGACGCUCAGUAUGAUUAUCUGCCUCUUUGUUUACACGGGAACAGGCGUCUGUGGUUACCUAACAUUUGGCUCCAGUGUGAGUCAGGAUGUGUUGAUGUCAUAUCCGCCCAAUGACAUUGCUGUGGCUAUCGCAAGAGCUUUCAUUGUCAUCUGUGUGGUCACUUCCUACCCAAUUCUACACUUCUGUGGAAGGGCUGUUGUCGAAGGACUUUGGCUGCGUUUUCAAGGUGAACAAGUAGAAGUGUGUGUUCGUCGUGAGCAGAGGCGGAGGAUCCUGCAGACUCUGGUCUGGUUUGUCGUCACCCUCGUCCUUGCCCUCUUCACCCCAGAUAUUGGUCGGGUGAUCUCACUGAUUGGAGGACUGGCAGCCUGCUUUAUCUUUGUCUUUCCGGGUUUGUGUCUGAUGCAAGCCAAACUGUCAGAGACAGACAGUCGAUCUGCCAGCUGGCAUGGACUGGUAGUGUUCAGUGUCGUCAUGGUUACAAUUGGAGCUUUCAUCUUUGGCCUGACUACAACAAACUCCAUCUAUCAGGACAUUACCAGCUAAAACAGACAUGUUAGCUGAAGACGGCAGCGCCCUUGUUAUUACAGACAGAGGGGGUGCUUAGGCCUGCACUGCUAUUCUGAACAACUGGAUAAGACGGAGCGGGAUCUCAUGACACAGAUUGAAAUAGUCAAGACCUCUUGGACAUGUCAUACGACUGCUUCAGACUAAGUUAAAACGCACUACUCACUCUGGGACGAGUCAAACACACUUCAGUACAAAGUAACUUCUGUGACUCUGACUGUUUGUUUCCUGUGAUGUUUAAACAGCAUGUUUUUAUGUUUCCUAUCUGCUUUUAACUUGUGUCAAAGUGGUUUUUGACAGUGAAGCCAUUCGGCAGGGACACAUAUUGACUCCCUGGUCUGUGGAUCCUGUACAGGUGACAUAUUCCUGGCCUGUUUACAAGAGCUAAGGGACUUUGUACAGAAAUGGUCUUAAAAUCAAAUUGAUUUUGGAACUGAAAUUGUACCAAUUUGUGUAUUUUAAUUUGCAUGUCAAAGUAAAUGUUUAUCAUUGACAAUGACACGCUGCCGUUCCCAGGUCUAGUCCAGGGUCAGACUUUAUGGAAAUGUUGUUACCCAUAAAUAAGAGCUUUGUUCCCUCUUCAAAGACAAGUUAACUCUUUCACAAGGAAAUCACAUCAGAGAUUAGUGAUUUCAGCUCAUUAUUACCUUUUUAAAAACGUUCAGGUUUGUUAUCAUGAGCUGAAACUCUCCAGACAGCAGUGCACAGAUCUGCAGGAAGACCACAACAAAAACAGAAUGUAAAAAUACCACUAUGUAUGUUUUAUGAAUGUGAACUGAGGUUAGAGAGGGUUGUCACUCCUGUUGGUGAGGAAAUGCACGUUAAGUUUUUUUUGUUGCCUAAAACCAAAGUGUACACAGCCUUUUUUGUUUUUUUUUUUAGUUUUCAACAUGUUCAAUUUAGUUCAGGUGAUGUAUAAAUAAUUAGUUUUUUGUGACAAAGCUUCAAAUGCAGAAAACAUGUACAGUAAGAGAAAUGUUAAUGCUGACAUUGUAAUGAGGACUAAAAUGUGGUCUUUCAUGCUUUGUUUUGACAUUUUUCUAAUGAGUUGAAUCAUAAAUUAUGGAGAAGUUCACAUCAGUAUUUUUAAGUGGAGACCCGACAGCCUUUGGUUUUUAUUGUUUUCAAAGUUUUUUCUAAAACCCAGCAAUAUUAGGUGUUGUUUGUGGAUAUGAGGGAAUGAAAAGGGACCGUUCUUUAGAUCGAUGGUUAAUCAUGUCUGACUAAAUGCAUCAAUGUACUGAUUCAAGAAAGGGAAGGAAACCAGAUGAAAACAGUGAUACUGUUUGGUUAAUAUCACUGUUUCAUGUGACUGACUAGUACCAAUGUUUCCAGCUGCUGAUUGUUUAAUAUUGAGAUCUAAUUUUAUGCUUUAGAUGACUUGAAUUUUUUUUUUUUUAUUUAUUUUUAUUUUGGUGCUAAAAACCAUUUAAUAUUGUCUGAUUUUGCUAUGUCUGAUUUUCAUUAUAGCUUUCAGGGUUCAGAUGUACACAUCUUUUGAAGCAUUUGUAAUUCAUGAAUCGUCUGUUUUACACAGAAUGGUGACUUGCAAUCAUGAAGUUUAAUGAAGGUUUUAAUUUUUAACCAAACUGUUCCUGUGUUCCAAUGAAUAACUUAUAAUCAAGGCAUGUGAAUAAAUCUGACAAUCCA